AUGUCGCGCCGACCCCAAACUCCUUUCAUGGAAGCUCUGUUUUCCGAUUCUUCGAGAACUAAUCCCUCGAUACAAACUCCAGCUAACAGAUUACGGGUUCCACAAUCCGCGGAAGCAUUCAAAACAGGCGACAUACUCUUUUGGACCUGUCACGAAGGAACUACACCUCCUCCCUCACCACCACCAUCAUCUUCUUCAUCUUCUUCUUCCUCAACCAACAGCUCAAACCACAAUGCUAAAAUUCGUGUUACUGUGGUCAAGAAACACGAAACCGUUAUUGCGGCACCACGUUCAAACCAAGCAGUAAAUUCGAAUGGGGCUUCGAAUACCAGUACCACUAGAACUAUCACACCCGAAGAAGUUAGCGUUUUUUAUGAUGUACGAGUCGACGCGGAUACGAUAGUGCAAAAGGUCAAUGGAAAGGAGUUGACAUGGCUCUGA